AUCACAUUUGAGGCAAAGCCCCAAACAACCGUGACAGCGCGACAACACCAUCAGUCUUUGGGCCGUACAAAUUCACUUGUGCUCUCAAGAGGUAUCCUUUUGCCAAUUCUGAUUGUUUUCUUUCUCUUUGGCAAGUUAUAAUCGUCCAAAACGCCUUGAUUCAUCCCAGAGUUUAGAGCAUUCAAUUUAUCGAGCAACGCUCAUAUAUCCAGGGUUAGGGUUAGGGUCCUCCUGGUGGGCCACCAUGGCCCCCAAAAACAUGCAUACCGACGUGGCUCAAGGGAACGGCAUCGUGUAUGACGGUGUAGCCCGAGGAAAUGACGUUGAACAUGGCGGCACGACUGGAGCAGCCUUGUUCCAAGGCCUCAAGUUCUGGAUCACCAUCCGUGUACCCAUGCGAAAGGAGCUGGUGCGAAUGGUCGAGGACAACGGGGGCGAAGUCGUGAAGCUUGAAAAGCAAGCCGACAUCUUGAUCGCGGAUCAUGCGAGGAAGGAUGUGCCCAGCGGAUCCCUCUCGUGGCGCUUCAUCGAGCAGUCUGUCAGGAAUGGCAGGCUUGAGAACAUAGACAGUCACGCCAUCAAGCCUGCGACCUCGGCUCGCCGUUUUGCUGGAUCCUCUGACACGAACGGGUCCGCUCGGCCGCCUAGGGGUGUUCGGACCCCGUUCACGGGAGAAGACGACGACAUGUUGAUGAAGUUCGUCGCACGUCAGGAAGGAAUGAGGGCACCUGUCGGCGGCAACAAGAUCUAUCAAGAUUUUGCAUCCGAGCACCCGCAUCAUUCCUGGCAGUCUUGGAGAGACCGGUGGCUCAAGAAGCUGAAGUUUCUCCCCCGCCCUGAAAUUAAUGACGAGAAUCCAGACGACGACCAAGACGACGGCGAAAACGUACCUGAGGACGAGGCGCAGGGAGCGUCUCGCGCCCUGACGGCCAACCGGAAGCCUCCCCCCAAUGCUAUCACUAUUAAGACUGGUAGAACCGGGGCUAAGGUCAACUUUAGCAAGGAAGAUGACGAGCUCCUGGCGAACCACGUCAAGGAAGAUAUACGACCUCGGCGACAUCGAGUCACCGAUCCCUGGGCCUUUCGUCACCAAGCGCCCUCGGAGGAAGAUGACGAUGAAGAUGAAAAUCUAAUGUCUCUGGCUAGUGGUUCUGAUGAUGAGGCCGAGGGGCCGCGCAGAGGCCCUACGCCGGUCCUCGACCUUCAGAAAUUACAGGAGAGCAACCGGAGGCAUGAGAGGAGCGAUCGCGUGUUUAUGGCAAUAAGGACAAUCCAACGAUAUUGGAGAGCUUACAUAUCCCGUCGGGCGCUCUCCAGCGAGAUCUGUAGGCUCUCCAUCACAGCCCUUCAAGCCGCUGCUAAGGGCGCAUUAACCCGUAUUGCCCUCAAGCAUGAUGAAGAUGAUAACGACGGCACUGGUCCCGAAGAGCAGACCCCGAGCAGGUAUCCAACUAGGGGAGAAACAACUGAACGGACAGGGAGCCAACUCUUUUACAGUGAUUUGUCGGACUUCAUCGAAGUCACAAACCAGAAGAUUACCUUCUGGCCAACGGUGCAGGCGCGAGUUCUGAACUUGUGGGAGCUUUGGCACGCUGUCACGGUCCAAGAACAUCCUCCCGAUAUGAGGAACUGGGAGGACAUUGCCGAGUCCCUGGACUUCGACUGGAUCUCGUAUCCAUGGGUGACUACGGAAUUGAAGCAUUGCUUUGAAUCGAACCUCGGGGCAUUUGAGCGAGCCCUUAAUGGGUUUGACGCGGAUGACGCGGAUGACGCGGAUGAAGCGGCUGAAGCGGGGCACGCGGAUGAUGACGACCCGGAGCUUGUUGGCGACGCAGUUGGCGACGCAGAGUUCGGAGAAGGGGCGCCAACGUAUGUGCCUGCAACAUCGCUAGAAGGGCAUCGUGAUGGGCCUUCCGGCACGGUGGAAUCCGCAUUUGCGUCAUCUCCGCCGCGGCUCCAUGGCUAUGGCUCGAAACGGGGUUUUGAGACACAUCUGGAAGCAGAGUCACACCCGACAAGCUCUCCAAGGAAACGAACCAAGUAUGACAGUGACGGCGAAAUCCCAUCGACACCAAAUGAGAAGUCGGGCACCUCAUACCUUCAGCCGAGGAACAACCCUGGGAUCUCCCCUGAUGGAAUCUCCCCGAACCAAGCAAAUCUCGCACGCGUGAACGGUCUGAUCGAGGCAUUGAUGGAAGAGCUGCCCACGCUGCAAGAGUUGACAGCUCCCCGUCAGACACCGACCCAGCCGGAGCCUUUCUCCCCCGCCACCCUUAUAAGCAGGACAACCCCCUCGCGGCAGUCACGACCUCAACCACGUCUCGUUGAUCCAAUACCGCUCUCUUUCCCAGACAGGAUCACUAGGACUUCGGCUCCCGAGCCGCGAGAUGGUGCGAAUGACGCUACGAAAGCCGGCCGAACAACGGCAGCCCAAAGGGCCUCGCUCCCAACCCAGUAUCACCCCGAUCGGGCUGCGGCUAUCAGGCGAUCCAGCAGAGCCGCUAAUACCACUCCUGCCCGGCGGUCUAUGCCACCCUCUUCUCUUGGCCCAGCCUGGCGUGACGUUUCCCCGGCUGCCCGAUCAAGCUUUUCCCCCCCCCGAACAAGCGCCUCAGCUCGGCUUCGGUUGAUUUCUAGACCGCAGGAGCCUGCAGGGCCACCGACCGGCCCGGUACACCCGAAUGCCCCCAGCCCACACAAUACCCCCGACUCGCGUUCCAGCCUCCUAGCCUCCAUCGACCGGUUCAUGUCGAUGGGCUACCCGAAAGACAUUGUGAUCCAGGGCCUGAAGGCGACCAGCAUGGCCCCGGGCGAGGCCGGGGUGGUGAUGGAGAGCCUGAUGGCGGGGCAGGGCAUACCCAGCCGCCACGAGGGUGUCUGGACGAGCCGCGACGACGAGGGGCUGGGCAUGGUGGACAACACGGACCUGGCGAAGCACACGCGCGACCCGCACGAGGUCGACAAGAAGCGCCGGGCGCUCAGGGAGCUGAAGCGGCUGAGGCAUAAGCAUGGACAGAGGAGGGUGGAGGAGAGGCUGGACUUCUUGAGGGCUUGGAAUGCUGGGUGAAUGUGAGGGUGUGAGAAGAGAUCAGCGCGGGGUUUUGGUGCUGGACGUGGAGGCGUUUCUUAAGCAUUAGCGAGUUCAUCAGCGAGUUCAUCAGCGAGUUCUUGCAAGCCAAGCAGGUGCUUGUCAGCUACUACUGCCUAAUAUCAUUCAACUCAUUUUAUCCUCCCUUGAUCACCCCCCUUCCAUCUCCCCGGCCCCAACCAACUAGUUUCGUGGGCAGGUACCUAUUUCCUCGUGAUCCACCAGCACAUACCCACUCCGGAUCGAACCCGCAACAUCGUCAUCCCCUUCCCAUCCGCCGUUCCCAUGGCCUACACCGCCAGCUUCGGACUCCGACUCCGAUUCUUCCGCAAUAGUGCCGUCCGCCGCCGCCGCCGCCGCCGCCCCGACCUCUACCCACGGCCCC